ACAAGGCGGAAGCUCGUUGUGCGUUGUCCGGCUGCAGGAAACGAAAGUUGCAGGAGUUUGGAAACAGCGAGGGAGUCUUGACCUCUCGCCCCCCCCCCUCUGUCCUCUGAUCACUUCUCGUCGGUCGCUCUGCAGCUCGGGUCACAUCUCCAGCAGAAGAAGAACAUGGACGUGGAUCUUGGUGGAUUUCUGGGCCAGAACGGGACCUACGAUUAUGAUAAGGACUAUGAGUAUAAGCCAGACGACGAAUCGGAGGGCAGCCGGGCCGUGUUGAUCCCGCUGCUGUACUCCGCCGUGAUGGUUGUAGGUCAACUUGGGAACGUGCUGCUCCUGGUUAUUCUCACGCAGAAGAGAAAAUCUUGGACCAUAUCAGACAUCUUCAUCCUCCACCUGGGAGUCUCAGACGCCCUGCUGCUGGCCACGCUGCCCCUCAGGGCCGUACAGGCCGCUGAACACGGGUGGCGCUUUGGGACUGAGCUGUGCAAGAUCAGUGGAGCUGUUUUUAAUAUCAACUUCUACUGCGGGAUCUUUCUGCUGGCGUGCAUCAGUGUCGACCGCUGCCUGUCCAUCGUCCACAACAAGCAGCUGUUCACCCACAACAGACCUGCCAGGGCUCAUCUCAGCUGCCUAGUCGCCUGGUUCAUCUCCCUGAUCCUGACCAUACCCGACUGGAUUUUUCUAACAGCUGCGAAUGAUGAAAAAGGAGAUGUUUGUCGUAGCGACUACUCUCAGUCAGAAACUGACUGGCGACUGUUGUCACGCCUGCGCCACCACACACUGGGCCUCCUGCUGCCUGCAGCCGUCCUGAUCUUCUGCUGCGUUCGUAUCCUGCUCCGGCUGCAGCAGAGACCGAAAAGCUCCCAAAAGCCGACUGACAUCAUGGUCCUCCUGCUCCUGGUGGGGGUCUUCUUUCUCUGCUGGGUGCCGUACAACAUCACGCUCAUUGUGGACACCUUCAGGAACGGUUCUAAGGAACCUCAGGAUGGUUCUUCUGGAGAAGGUUCUCUGAAAACAGCUCUGAUGGUCACAGCGGCUCUGGGCUGCGUUCACGCCUGCCUCAGGCCUCUGCUCUAUUUCGGCCUGUGUGAUAACUUCAGGAAACGGGCCGUGGCCUUACUGACAUGUGCUACGGAUGAACCUAAAGGGUCACUGUGCGAGCUGGGUGUGGGCGAAGAAGCUCGGCCCGACCAGAGUCAGGAGGUGCAGGAGAUAAAACCGAUGACAAGUGUCGAGCAACAGGUGCCGUCGCCUCAGUGCUGACAAACAGACCAAUAAAAGCCCCUUGUGACUCAGAGAUGAAUAAUGUUUCAUUGCUAGAGAAAUUUAACAUGAAGUCAUGUUAUGGGUCUGAGUUGUUCGGGGACUAUAUUGUGAGCAAUGUUGAGAAAUAGAUAUUUAUACAUGUUGCACUUUAACUGUGAAGGUUUCAGAGCCACAUCAUGGUGUUGAACUUUUAUUUCAUAAUCACCGUUAAACAACUGCAGCUUGUCACCCUAAAUCAUUAAUUUGAUUUAAAUGUAGGAAUAUAUUUUUUAAUUGUGUAUUAUUAUUAUUAUUAUAUUUCAGAUUUUUUAUAUAUAAUGUCAGUGAACAUUUCUCAGAUGUUAAACAAUCAUCAUAAAGCUGAUGCCAUUAUCACUGAAGCUCUUGGGAACAUAAGCUCUUAUUUUUGCCAGUGUUACUGUAUGAAUCAUUUUACAUGUUGUCUGCAUACAGCAGUAAAGACUGUGUGGAUUCCACGAUUGCGCAACCAGUGUGUGGAUUUCUGUUUUUUGUCAUGAUGCAGCGGGGGAAUUUCCUUCAGCGGAUCCCAGGCACGGCCGUUGUUUUUUACUUUGAGUUGCAGCAUGGAUGUGUGUGAUCUGUGGGACACAGGAUUACAUGAACUGGUGCUGAUGUCAUUAGUCAGGUGACAGAGUGAGACAAAGGAGGGUGGAGAGAGAACACUGUGGCGUGCUCUGUCUGUGAGAGCAGUUGAAUGUGGUGAGUAAACAGAGUGAAGAAGAGGAGUUAAACUCGUAUCUUGAAGAUUCCAACACAACACACAUUUUACCACCAUGCUGCUUUGCAGGUUAAAGCCUGCGAGCCGGCCUGAUUUCUGGUCUCAAGACAAAAAUAAUACUAUAUAAACACAUGUAAAUGUUACAUGCAAUAAAAAUGACUUUCAA